UGCACCGACAGACACGGGGCGGGACUCGAUUCUCACAUCCGCUAAAUUGUUGCAAAACGCCCGACCUGCAGCCCGGAGUCAGUGGGUAAAGUCAAACAAAACAGGGGCAAGAAUUUGAAGAAGUCCGUCGUUGAACUUGUGGCGGAUCUUGGGAUGAUGGCAGAGGAAGCAGCAAUAGUUGAAGAAGACAUCAGUCCAGCUCAGAUCUCUGGUUCUGAGAAUCCUCUGGUUGCAGUCACCUUCCAGAGAAAUGUUCACAGGAAACAGAAGUACCUGGAAGCUGAGCCGAAAGCUCUGGGGAUCACUCAGGUUGGCCUGAGUAUGUAUAUGAUCAUCUGUGUAGCUGUAUUUCAGGCUAAAGGCCUUACUAGUCUGGACACUGACAUACCAUUCUUCAUUUCAUCUCUGCUGGUGGUAAUAGCUGGGAAUGUGGCUAUAGCAGCACAGAACCUCCAUCUGCCAACACUAAGGGCCUGUUUGGGAAUGCAGAUUGUGUCAUGCGGCGCCUCCAUCUUCAACAUAAUCUGCAGUGUGAUUAAAAUGGAAGGGACGCCCUACUAUUGCUGGAGUUAUUACUAUGACCGCGACAACACAGUUCAUUAUGGCGAAAUCUGCCGUAAAAUUGAGAAUAUCCACUCCCAUUUUUUUGCUGGGAGCGUGCUCAUCCAAGCUACUCUGUUGGCUAUAUCUGCCACAUUGGCAGCCUACAGCUGCAAGGUGGCCAACUGUUGUGGUCCAGCUCCCAAAAUGCCAGUGAUCACUGUACAAGCUCCCCCAGUUCAACAGUGAAGAGACAGACGAGAUGAGUACAGAGGACUGAUGUACAGCUGGAAAUAAAUGCCACAAAAGUUAAAGCUGCACUAAUCAAUAUUUUUAUAUUAACAAAUCAAACUACUAUGUAUUAUAUCACAGGGGUAAUGAACCUACAGAGAAUUAAUUUCAACUAUGCAGUUACUCUCAUCACUGUUAAGUUUAUAAAUCCUCAUUUAGCUUCUUGUUUAUGUCUGCAAGGCAGUUGUCUUUACUAUUAUCAACCCUUCUUUAGACCUGACAAAGCCACUGUGCACUAUCUGCUCAGUACUGCAGACAAGGCUCGGAACUAACUGGUGGAGUACGUAGGAGCUAAGUUUGCUAACAUAUUUUCCACAACCUUAUAGGGUGACAGUAUAUUAAUGCUGUGUCUAUAACUUGAUCUACUGCCCUCUAGCGGCUAAUCCAAGUGUAAGAAAGCAACGAGUGAUCCAAAGUUCUAGGACUGGUCAUGGUGCACAGACCACAUCACAGUGAAGAAUGUAACAUGGUAGCAGUAACCGUCUUGAGUCACGUGGCACGGUGCUAUCAACAGCAAGACUCGUGUUCCACAUGUGUCUUUGAUCCCCGUUCAGUGCGCUUUUGUCAUGCCUGUAUGGACUGCAACCUGGAGAAGAGAAGAAAACAUCAUAUUCUGUGUCAAUCAGCAGCUGGUAUCACCUAACCUUCAUGUGGAGGACCGUCACUGGUGAUGAGAGGUGGGUUUGCAGCUAGCACCAAGAGAAGAAACGGCAAUUGAUACAAUAGAAGAAACACAAUGUCCUACACUGGACAAAGCAGGUCAGGCCAGAGGCAAUGGGAGCAUGCUUCUUGUUUUCUUUAACAUUCAUAUGAUUGUGUACUGGACUUUUUGGCCACAAUGAAAGUAAAGUUGAAAGGUUGUUCAAAAUUUAGGAGAUUGAGCACACAUUGGAGACUGUGUUUGAAGCUAGAAGUGCCGGAUCACUAAACAAGAAGACUGCUUAUACACUUAUAUGGGGAGGCAGCCAAAUUUAACUCUGUUACGGUUUUUGUUUACCUUUUUACUUUUUAAUCACCCCUUAGCACCUCAGUACUACCGCCCUCACGAACCACUCACUUGUAUGUAAUCACGCUAAUAAUUAAUCAUACAGUUUUUAUCAGUUAAAAUGUUGCAGCUGGCGCAAACACCUGAAAUAUGUCGAGAAUGAAAUUGCAUAUACAAUACAUAAGUUUUGAUGAUUUGGGUUUCAAGUGCACGAAAUAACUUCAAAAUAUAAAUGCAUCAGGAGGGAAAAGCCAUACAAUCAAUGACGUGGCUCCUUAAACUCUUGUUAUACAGCAAAAUCUAUCUGAAGUUUAUUAACAUUAACAAACAUUAGCCACCAAAAGCUACUGAUUAUACAAAAUAAAGUGAGGCUGUAGCAGUUUUUUUUUUUUACAAAUUAAAUUUUUCUUGUCAAAGUAACGCCUUAAAAGUGGCUUAGCCUCAUGUUAACAUGUCAUUAGAAAUAUCUAUACAUUAGCUAUGUAUAAGGUGUUGCCAGGAUGCCUUGCCACUGAGCGCAAGGCAUUAAAUACAUCACAGAGCGUAAGUAAUGCAACUAACUCUGUUAAGAUUACAAAUAAAUGUAGUUUUAACUGUGCAACAUGGGUAAAACCCCAAAUUAAGGCACAAUAAUGUUUUUAUGAAAAUAUGUUUGUUCAAAUUGUUUUCGCUAUUCUGUUGAUCGCAACCUUAAUCAUGCUUUACUGUGUCAUUUGUAAUGAACAAGUACAAAUAUAAAACAUCAACAGACAUAA